GUCAGGUUUUAUUCUAAUAUUGGGAUCUGUCUUAUUUCGUUGCGUCUUGAACGACCUUGUUCUGGAACCGAAGACAAGAAAGACAAGAAAGACAAGAAAGGUCUUACAGGGGCCAUAUCAAAAAGUAACUAGCAAGUAAUUUUGCUAAUAUAUUGUUGCCAUGGAUUCUGCCGUGGAUUCUGCCGUGGAAGAUCACAGAGAGGCUGGAAGCGCUUAGAUGUUUUUCUCCUUUCCAAAACAACCCAAUUAUCAAAGCAGCCUGCUGCCGUCAACAAUAACACCUUACUACGCCCAUUGAGCCCACCACAAUGGGCUCCAUAAGGUGACUCUGGUUUCAUUUUGAGUUUUCAAGAUACUUACCAACCUUGUGUAAUUCUUUUGAUCUCAUUUUGUGUGCCUUCCCUUCUUCACACGGGUUACGUCGCCACAACGAGGAACUUGUAUUAUCGGAAGCCCGAAGCCGGGUCUGAGGUUAAACCCUUCCAGUUCCGGCAAUACAAAUUCCUUCUAUUCACAUCACCGGACAUCCUCCCCUGGUAUAAACAACACGCCAGCCCAUCAUGGCAUCUCAACCCGAUGACCAGCCAGCCAAAGACGAGCGCCCCCGCCGCAAAUGGACAGACUUCGAAGCAACCGUCCUCAUGAACCUGAUCAUCCGCAACGUCCACAGGACCGGCUUGGAAAAAGACGAAUUCUCCAAGCUCUCCGACUCCACCGCUCCACGUCAAAAGGGCCGCAACUCUCGCAGAGCCAAAGAAGUGAGCAAUCCAGACAAAUUCAAAUACGUGGAUGUGGCCACUGCUUUGAACCGAGCCCUUCACAAAUCCGACUACACCCAUGAUAUCCCUGUCGAGGAGGUGGAGAAGUUGCUUCACUUCUUCCUUCGUGAUAGGAAGGGUGCCAUUGCCGUCAUCGACAGGCAGCCCACGGCGAGACUGACGAGGUCUACCCAUAGAAUCUGGAUCCGUGGUCUCAAAUUCCUUGGAACCAAAGCCGAAUGGGAUAACGGCCGAAAGGCAGCCGAACAGGUUAAGAGGCGCGAAGACCAGGAGAGACGACUGAACGUCGGUAACGCCGGCGCCAUAAUUUCUGGUGCUACUGGUGCCGGGGUCGCCGAUGGAUGGGGUGAUGAUACUGCUGCUGUGCCAUCAGGGGAUGGAUGGGGCACUGCGGCAAAUGAAAAUAAUGAAGAUGCUUCUGCUGCCGCCGGUGCUUGGGGUGAUGCUAUGGAAGUUGAUACUCCGGCCAAAGCAGCGAACGAUCCGAAGGCGAGUGAUAAAAGCUCCCGCGCCGAAGCCAGCUCUGGAGAAUGGGGCUCGGGUGCUGCUGAUUCUCCCAAGGCAGCUGUUACUAAUGCUGCAGACCCAUGGGGCGCGGCUGUUGAGACCACUGUCGAGUCCAACUCUGCCGCAGCUGCCUGGGGAGAGCCUGAAGCCGCAGAGACAAUUGUCACUGCCAUCGCUGCAGCUGCUGCAAAUUGGUCCGUCAAUGAAGACCCUUUUGCAACCCCACUUCCCCCAAGCCUGAGCUCCUCAGUGAAUAACGCGACCUCAAAUGCAUGGGGAGUUUCUGGUGUAUCCAAUGCCACAAAAGUUCAAGCUGUGGUCGACUCCGAUCCCUGGAACAAAACUUCUGCCGGCCGCAGCGAUCCAGUUUCUGACGACGCAGGCAAUGCUUGGGGAACCAUUACAGGCACUUCAACAAAUGGUUUGUCUUCUACGACCACAGAGGGCCUCGGUAAAACAGCAGAUACCGCAGCCAACCCAUGGGGCACCAGUUCUGAAUCUGCUAUUCCUUCUCUUCGUAGCGCUGCGGAUACCACGGCCGACCCAUGGGGAACCAGUGCUGCAACUUCUGUAAUUCAACCAUCUGCCAUGGACUGGAGCACUGAAGUGUCCAAUGUGGCUCCCGAAAAUUCGUUCGCCACUAAGACAGUUGAACAAGCCGCACCAGUUAGAGCCCCGGUUGAUAACUCAGCCUCAAUGGGUUUUGCUGAUGCUUGGGGUGAGCCUGUCGCUCAUGCACCAAAUCAAUCUGCUAUUACAGCGGCUGAUGGGUGGGGAGAGCCUCUCGCUGACACACCAUAUCAGCCUGUUGUUACCACGGGCGGAUGGGGAGACAGUAUUGAAAAGUCCCAAGGCCAUAAGCGUACCCUACAAAUCGCCACCGCAGCCAAGCUCAACAGCAGUGAGGAUGCUCCUACGAACAUCAAGGACCACGGUGAGGCUCAGUGGAACAAAACCCUAGCCCCUGUACCACCAGGCUGGGGCCCAACAUCGACAACUGUUGCUAAUUCAGGCACUAUUUCGACCAAUAUGCCAUUGUGGGCGUCGGUCGCUGAGGAAGUCUCCCCACCAAGUUGUAUGGACUCUUCGAAUGGGUCUCGAAGCCCAAGCCGUCAGGGCAGCAACUCCGACAAACCAUCCAAUAAUUCGGUUCAAGCCGUCCAAGUUUCCGGGCUGGGAAUCAACCCAGACCGCCUCGCCAUGCUGGCUGCAGCCGAAACUGACGACAAUGAGGCUUCCGAUUUCGAAACGACGGCGGAUGAAGGAUUUAGCCGCGGAAAGAAAAGUUUCAAAUCUUUAGCUGCGUUUGGGUCUAAAGACAACGCCAUUCCUCUGAAGUUCAAUAGACUGGCUGGAAAAUAAGCUGGAGCUGGAGGUGGGAAGAAAACUUCCGUUGGCAGCGACUACCCGCAAGAAGCGUGCUUAACGUGAUAAUGAGAACGAUGCGGUUGAUUUCUUGAAUUUCCACUAUAUUGUGUGUGGAGGAGGAUUAUAUGGGUUUUCUGCCGUUUAUAUGAACUUCGCUGUUUGCUUCGCCUGUGAACGAUCAGAAAGAUGCGUGAUACGAGAGAUAAGGAGAGGGAAGUUUGCGCGGGGAUGGGGUGCAGAAAUGGCCAAUAUUAGCUGAAUAGCUUCACAGACUGAAAUUAAAAGAUAUUUC